CGUUCUCUUUUGGUAGAAUUUAGUAGUUUUUAACCUCCACAAGCAGUAGAUUCCUUAAAUGAAAUCUGGUCACACUGCUUGUAAUGGGCCUAAUGACACAUUGUCUUGGCUUCUGUUGACAAUCUUUAUUAUUUUAAAAAGGAUUUUCUACAUAUUGCAACAUAUUCUAAAACCCUAUUUAAAUGUGUUUGUAAAGCUGAAAAGGAAACAUGGAUUUUCAAAACCGUCCCGGUGGUAAAACUGGAGGAGGAGGUGUAGCAUCAUGGUCCGAAAGCAAUCGCGAUCGCCGCGAAAGAUUGCGGCAAUUGGCUUUAGAGACAAUAGAUUUAAAUAAAGAUCCGUAUUUUAUGAAAAAUCACUUAGGUUCAUAUGAGUGCAAAUUGUGUCUUACGCUCCAUAAUAAUGAAGGUAGUUACUUGGCUCACACUCAAGGAAAAAAGCAUCAGGCUAAUUUAGCUCGCAGAGCUGCCAAAGAAGCUAAAGAAGCCCCGCAGCAACUAGCUCCUGAAAAGCCAAGGAUUGAACCUAAGAAGUUUGUAAAGAUUGGUCGACCCGGUUAUAGAGUAACUAAGCAGAAAGAUCCAGAAAAUGGACAGCAAAGUUUACUGUUUCAAGUAGAUUAUCCUGAAAUUGCUGAAGGUGUACAACCUAGACACCGUUUCAUGUCAGCUUAUGAACAGAAAAUUGAGCCUCCAGAUCGUAGGUGGCAGUACCUUCUAUUUGCUGCUGAACCAUACGAGACAAUAGCAUUCAAAGUACCUAGUCGUGAGGUAGAAAAACAUGAUUCUAAAUUUUGGACUCACUGGAAUAAAGACACCAAACAGUUUUUCCUUCAAUUUGCAUUUAAAAUGGAACCAUUAAGAAUGCCGCCACCUCCACCAAAGAUGUGGGAGAACCAUGGCAUUAGGUUACCUCCGCCUCCUGGAGCUCCAAUGAUGGGAGUACCACCACCACCUCCCUUGUUACCUGUUCCCCCACCACCUCCAUCUAGUAAUAUUUAGUUGUGUGAAUAUUUUGAAAUGAAGAAAUACAUUUAUUUAAUUUUACGAGAGUAAA